GCGACGCGGUGGGAGCGGACGGCGGCGAUGAGUUUCUACGAUGCGUUUCGGGGCUUCUUCGGGUUCCCGGGGCCGCGGAGGCCCCGGGACCCGCUCUUUGGCGGCGCGACGUGGGACGAGGACGAGGAUGGUGAGGACGGCCCGUCUCUGGCGCAGCCCCCCCCGCACUUCGGCUUCGGGCCCCGCGGUGCCUUCGAGGAGCUGUUCCGGGACGUGGGCGAGCUCCUGGGGGUGUUCGGCGGCGCCUGGGCCGGGCUCCCGCUGCCUUCCGGCGGGCAGGAGGAGCGGCUGCCCCCCCCUGAGCCUGCAUUGCCCAGCCCCGGCGAGGGGCGGCCGCUGCGGGACUCAAUGCUGAAGCACCCAGAGAGCCCGGCCCAGCCAUGGAGCCCCUUCCUGGGGCUGGACAACGCUCCCCCGUCUCCUCCCAGCCUCAAGGCAGAUCAGGACCUGGACUCGCAGGUCUCCUCCGCAGGGCUGGGCACCAUCCUGAGACCCAGCGAGCCCAAGGCUCACUCUUACUUCCAGAGCGUCUCUGUCACCAAAGUGACUCUGCCUGAUGGGGCAGUGGAGGAGCGCCGCACCGUGCAGGACAGCCAGGGCCACCGGGAGACAACGGUGACACGCCGGAGGGGGAACCAGGCUUUCAUCACCACCACCAAGGAGGACGGGCAGAGCAAAGACUACCGAGAGGAGGUGGUCAAUAUGGAUGACCGGGAGCUGGCGCAGUUCGCAGGCACGUGGCCGCCAGAGGACAAUCUCCACCCUCCCAACCUGAGCGACCCGUCCUCUGCGCUGGGCAGCUUCUUCCGACGCUGGUUCUCAAGCUGGUAGCUGUGCCCAGCCUGGCUGAGCACCCCGUAGGUGUAAUGGGUGGGGGGACCCUGGGUCUCACCAGGGCCAUGGGGAUGGAUGAAUGGAUGGGUGGACACCAACAGCAGCCUCUUCUCACCACCUGUUCUGUUGCAGAUGGAUCAGAUCCUGCUGGGAGCUGGUCUCUGGGGGCUGCCCAUCUUCUGCAGAAGGACCCCUUGGGGGGCUGAGUGUGUGUGUGCAUGUGUGUACAGAGAAAUAAAGUCUAUUUAUGCUAA